GCGGCGGCCGCUCCAGCAUCCCCCUCGGCGGCACAUCCGCCCCCUUGUGCGGGGGUGAGCGAGAAAGCAGACUCUAAUGGGAUAUCAGUCGGCGGCGUCUCUGCCGCAAAGACGAGCCCGCCGCGCCUAGGUCGCCUCGAUUGUGUAGGUGGACGGGAAUGGACAACUGAUCGUUGGAAACCUGCAGCGUUUGACAAUCGGCCGCCGCGUCUUUGGCAGAGAUUAAUUUUAAGACAACAGCCCUUAAUUCAGAAGAGAUAGAGAAGCCAGAAAUUGAGAUGAACUGUGCAGAAAUGCAGAAAUCUGAGGGUCAACAGCAGGCGGAGAUGAUGGCGAUGCAGCAGCAGCAGCAACAACAGCAGUCGGUUGUCACAACCACAGGGUGCGUCGUAAACCAACCUCAAAUGCAAUCCUUCCAAACCCUUCAGAUUCAGCACCAGCCACCCCCUUCAUCCACCCCAAUGCCAAGUCCGUCGCCCGUGGCCAUGCAAAUGAUGCCACCCCAGCAACCGCAGAUGCAGCAGUUUGCAACUGCCGAGUGGCAGGGGCAGAGGAUCCAGUUGGUCCCGCAGCAGCAAGGGCCUAUGUAUGUGCAGCAGGUUUACAACGCGCAGAAUGGACAGCAGUAUUUGAUUCCGGCAAACAACAUGAUUCAUCACCCAGGACAACCCCUCCAAGUGAUUACAACUGGAAAACCGACGUUCCAGCCAGGGCCUAUGACUCCCCAGUUGAUAACGCCACAGGGCAAGGCAACGAUGGUCCAAGCCACGACCCAAGGUGGAGCGACCCAGUGCUACAUUCCAGCACAACAAGCUUCUGGCAACCCCAACCAGACCCUGCUCAUAAGUCACAUGCCCGCAAACCAGCAAGGCACGGCCGUAAUGCCGCAACCCUCGCCAACAGCCAAACAACAGGACCAACAGAAGGGGAAGGUCAUCCAGGCCCAGGCAAAGCCCAUGCAGCAGCAGCAAAACAUGAUCGUCCAGCAGCAGCCCCAGCAGAUUGUCACCCAAGGAAUUCCGAAUCAGCACAUUAUCAAUCCAAUGCAGUGGCCGACCUUUCCGAGUCAGGGAACGGUUUGGGCGCAACCGGCCGGAAGCAUGCCGAUGAACACGGGCAUCAGCACAACCUCGAGUCCAAUUUUUAUACGGAGCACCCAGCCAGACGGGACGCACGUCUUCAUCCAGAGCAACGCUGUGCAGCAGCAAAUGCAGCAGCAACAAAUGACCACACAGGCGCAAAUUCCUCAGCAGCAACAGCAAAUGAAGCCGGUUGCCGUGAAGCCACCCGAGACUGUGACCACUCAGCCGAACAUCCAGCCAAAGGUCACCACACAGAAAACUCUCACAAUCAGACCCUCUACUGUACAGCAGCCCAUCCAACCGGCAAGUUCGGCUGCAACUCAAACAUCAGUUUCGCUUGCAACAGCCAAACCAGUGUUUUCCUUUCAGCAACCAAAAGUCAAAGUUCGGCCAGGUCGUCCGAUUGGAAAUAAAAUUGCCGACAGCCAAACAAAGCAAAUCUCCCCUCAACCACAACUGCAGCAGCAAAUGACCCAAACUGGGCAGCAGCUCAUGGUGAACAAGGUCCUCUUGCCGAAUAACAGCCAGCCAAUGCAGAUUGUGAGCACCGAGGCGCCCAGAGUGGCCACCAAUCAGACGGCGCCCUUGAUGUCGAAACUGCUGUCGGUGCCACAACCAAUCCAGUUCCUUCCACAGACCAUCACCAUGUCCCAGCCGCAGAAGGAGAAGGCGGUGCUGCCACCGAUGAUGGCGCCGGUCGUGCCCAUGCCACCCGUGGUGCAGACCCCUGUUCUCCAGCAAGGGGAGCAAACUGCCAAGGAGCAGAGCAACCAAACUGCAGCUGAAGACUCUGGCAAGGAUGACUUGGAGACGGCGACCACUCCUGAAACGAUGGAUGAGGAUGAGGAGGACUUGGCCACGGACGACAAGAGCAAGGAAAAACUGAAAGCGCUUGUAAAGCCUCAGGUCCUUACUCAUGUCAUCGAAGGAUUUGUCAUCCAAGAAGCUGGAGAGCCAUUCCCGACAACCACUACUCCAGAGGAAAUGGCCACUUGCGAGUAUUGCAAAAAGACGGACGUCCGCUCUAAAUUCAAGAAGUCCAAAAGAUUCUGCAGCUCAUCCUGCGCCAAAAGUCACAAGAGGCAAAAGGAGGAUAAAGUUGGAGGGAAAAAAGCUCGAUCAGCAGCUUCCGAAUCUUCAGGUGAGGAGUUGGUCAUUGACGAAACAACGACCUCCUCGGCAAACCCUGGUAGCACACCUUCGCCUCCAGCUGCACCAAAUGUUAACCCUCAAGAAUGGACAGUCAAGGAAGUUUGUGACUUCAUCCAGGUCCUUCCUGGGUGUGCCGAGUACGUGGAAGACUUUUCCAUGCAAGAGAUUGACGGACAGGCCCUGCUGCUAUUGCGAGCUGAUCAUCUAAUGAGUGCCAUGGGCAUGAAAUUAGGACCGGCACUCAAGAUUUGUGCAAAGAUACAACAGCUGAAAAAUGGAAUUGUCGACACCAGCUAAAUGUACGAUUUGUUUAAAUUGAGAAAGUUUAGGAAAGAAACGGUUAAUAUCUGGUCAUGGACAAUAAUUGGCGAAAUGCACAAAUUAAGAAAUACGUUCAACUUGUAAAUUAUUAUUUGAUUCAUGAAGUUAUUUUUGAUUAUAUAUGAAUAUGGAUUGUUAAUGAUUUUUAUUGUGGUUGUCAAAGUUUCAUGUAAUGAUUGUUUUUUGUUUUAUAUUAUAGAUAUUGAUUUUAUACUGAGAUAAUUGUCAUAUUUAUUUGUUCGAAACAUCUAUCAAAGCAUUUAAAAAUAUGCUGAUAUUUCUCACUGCCAGAAAACAGCCAUAAUCAAUGUACAAAUUUUGCAUUUUGAGAUUACUAAAAUUACGUAAUUUGUAGAAUAGCAAUUGAGCGUGACAGAUUUUUACAGGUCUCAGUGUUGUUUAACUUUUGUAAUGUGAUACUUGUUCCAAGCUAGAAUUUUUUGUACUUUCGUAAAUACGAAUAGUGGAAAUAAACUCUCGUAUGUAUGCU